AUGUACCACAUCUCGGCUUUCAGCUGGUACGCUUUUAUUGUCAAAUCUCUUGCUGACAAGGAUGGAGAGGAGCUACCCCAAGGUAUCUUCGUGUAUGGCGGGCCUUGGAAAUACCUCACUUUCUUGAAUCUGUUGCUGCAAAUGGUGUAUUUCGGAGCGGCUGCACUGAAUGACCUUCAGCUUGGGAAGAAGUCGGGAAACACGCUCGGCAGCUGCACAGACCUCCUGUUCGCCGUCUUCGCCUUCCCGGUGGGCAUGUUUGUUGUUCUACUUUUCUGGGUGAUCUUUGCUUAUGACAGGGAGUUGGUCUACCCAGCCACUAUUGAUGCCUUCUUCCCCCCCUGGAUAAACCAUGCUAUGCACUCCUUUGUGCUGCCCAUCUUGCUGGGGGAGAUACUGAUCCAGCCUCACGUCUACCCAAAGGCCAAACAUGGCCUUGGAGCACUAGGAGUUGUGGGUUUGGCCUAUCUAAGUUGGGUGGUGUGGGUGUACCUGUCGGUGGGGAUCUGGGUUUAUCCCCUCCUAGGCCUCUUCAGCACGGCCGGUCUAGUGGGCUUCUUCUUUCUCAAUAUGUCCGUGGUCGCCUCGCUCUAUCUGCUGGGAGGCAAACUCAGCAGCUGGGUCUGGGGCAAAGAUAAGAAGACGUCAACGGGGGAGAGGAAGUGAUCGUCGGUCCCUCUGUGAGGCAGACGUACCUAAUGUGCACAGCCAGGCAGAUGAAAUCCUUCAACUGCAAGUCCUAUAAAGAGUCCAA